AUGAUGGUUGUAGUAGUUGUCUUUUCAGUUGUUGUUGGCGUUGUGGUUAUAGUUCUUGGAGUUGUAGUCUUUAUCAGUUUCUUUGUCGUUGAUUUUGUCGUUGUGGAUGGAGUCGUAGUAGUAGUUGUUGUCGUUGACCUGGGAGCUUUAGUUGUUGUCGUGGGAGUUGUAGUUGUCGUCGUCGUCGUCGUUUUUGUUGUUGAUGGGGUUGUUGUUGUUGUCGUGGGAGUUGUAGUUGUUGUUGUUGUUGUUGUUGUGGGAGUUGUAGUUGUCGUUGUUGUUGUUGUUGUUGUUGUUGUUGUAGUUGUUGUUGUUGUCGUCGUCGUCGUUGUCGAAGGAGUUGUGGUAGUUGUAGUUGUAGUUGUAGGUGUUGUUGUAGUCGUUGUUCUCUUAGGAGGUGUAGUCGUACGAGCCUUAGUAGUUGCUAAAGUUUUUCUUCGUGUUGGCGCCGUAGUAGUUCUUCUUCUUCUCCUAGAAGUUAUUCGUGUUGGCGCCGUAGUAGUUCUUCUUCUUCUCCUGGAAGUUAUUCGUGUUGGCGUCGUAGUAGUUCUUCGUCUUCUCCACGGAGUUGUUUUUUUUGUGGUUGAUGGACUCAUAACAGUUCUUCUUUUUGUUAUUCUUUUUUUGGUUGUUAUUCGAGCUGUGGAUGCGCUUGUACGUUCUUUUACUCCUCCUAUAUUUGACCCCGGUCAGCCUAUUCCCCUUGAUUUGUUUGCUUCUAUCGGGAACACCUCCAAAGCGCUCAGCGCCUACAUCUGUAUUCGAGACCGCCGGUUGGCUCUUACUGGUUACAAAAGUUUUGUUCUAAAAGGGCGUGAUGAAGAUGUGGAUUUACGAAUGUUGUUCAUUUUCCACUCACGUUCAGAGUAA